AUGUCGAAGACAGUACCUUACAAUCCAUUUAAUGUUCAUACAAAAAACAUUAAUGGAAAAAGAUUAUCACCUCGUGAAUCUUCUAAAAAAGAAGUCAAACCUAAAUCUCCAUUUAAAAAAGAAAUAAAUUGGACUAUACUUGAAAAACUUGAUUUAAAAGAAUUUGAUAGAGAAAUUGAAAGAAUAAAAUCUCGUAAUGAGUUACGUUUAAAUGAUGAACUUCAAAUUAAAAAACUAAGAAGAAGAAUACAAAAUAGAUGGUCUUCUAAAUGUAGUAGGGAAAAAAAGAAAGAUAAAUUUAUAGAAAUUCAACAAGAACUUAUUAAAUAUAAACAAAAGUGUAUUUCUCUUGAACAAGAAAAUAAACGUCUUAAAUUACUUAUAGAAAAAUCAUCUUCAUUUUCAGAGUCAUUACCUUCAAAUAAGAAUAAGUUUAAUUCUCAAUAA